CUGACCUACUAACAUACAUUCAGAGACUCUGAGGGAGAAGGAGAGAGAGAGGGAGGAGGAAAUAGAGAGAGGGGAGGAAAUAGAGAGGUAGAGAGAGGGAGGGAGGGGGAGAGAGAGAGAGAGAGAGAGAGAGAGGAAUUGGAGCAAACAUGACAUGAGGAGCGCACUGAAAACAAGCGGCACUGUGUUCAGCUCUCUCAUAUACCUGCGCUAAUCGGAGAGCUCCUGCUUUUUUUUUUUUGAAAUUGACGGAUUGUUGGAAGCGAAAUCUGUGUCCUGUGUGGAUUCUGUCCUUUCUUAAAGACCAAAAAGAUUAAAAAAAAGCCUUUCAUCCUGCAGUCAACCGAAGCGAGACAGACAGGCGGAGCGAGAGCAAAGCUCCCCAAGAGACUGACACGCUGAGGUAGACGGGCCGACCUACAUCCUGCUGUUUGCGUGGAGAUCUAGGACACUUCUCCGCCAGCUCAGCUUUGACAACCAACGGCGGAAAAGCCAGAGGAAAAAAAAGAAAUUUGUGCUUUUCUAAGACUGAUCUGAUCCACUUAGGAUCUGAGAAGACCGGACACUUAACCCAAAUCCCUUUCAAGAGAAUAAAUGAGGGUUACUAAUGCUGAGCUCCAGCUGUUCUACGUCUUUUUGGCUAAUUUGGACACUUGAGUCCCCUCCUGUCACAACAGCACUGAAACUGCAAUAAGCAGAACAAGAACUUUGCGAGAGAACCUUCAAGCUUGUUUUCGGCAAGACCUCUGACCUGGUUAUUUCCCCCCCCCAAAAAAAACACUUCAAACUGGCUGCCACGAGACAAAAAUGGAAGAUCUGACAUCGGCUCUCAAAACGUUAAACAAAAACUCAGGGAAUAAUAACUGCGGUGAGACCUUCAGCAGUUAUGAAGAGUCUAUUCCUUCUGCCGAAGGGAGUCCGAAUCGCAUGGGGCGACUCCCCAAGGCCAAAACGAGCUUGAGCUGCAGGCGAAAGCGCGAGUUCAUUUCCGAUGAGAAGAAGGAUGCCUGCUACUGGGAGAAACGCCGCAAAAACAACGAGGCCGCCAAGCGCUCCCGGGAAAAGCGGCGUCUCAAUGAUAUGGUCUUGGAAAACCGUGUCAUUGCACUGAAUGAUGAGAAUGUGAGGCUCAAGACAGAGCUGCUCCAGCUGAAGCUGCGCUUUGGCCUCAUAAGCACCGCCUCCUACAUUGAAAAGAGCCAGCAGAUGGGCGGAAGCAGCAACACGGGAAAUGGGGGCUCCUCCUCAUCCUCCUCCUCGAACCAGUACUACUCCAGCGGUUACUCCAGCGGUUCUCAGGUGUUGAUGAACUCUGAUUCCUCAGAAACGGAGCAGUCUGGACGCAGUGAGGGCCACAGGCAGAUGGUGAAAUACUCCCCACGCGGCUCCCUCUCGGACAUGUCUGACGGCUCCUCCAGUGACAGCCCUGAGCCACUUCCUUUUGAGAUCAAACAGGAAGGUGAUAGGCUGGAGAUGGACAUUGCCAAUGGCACCACCACCCAGAUCAUGUUCAACAUCCACCGUGGUCUGGCCCCGGUGCCCACUCACCACCAGAUCCAGCAGCAUUCUCAGGAGCUGGAGGCCGCAUAUCACAGCCAACAGCAGCAGCAGCACCACCAUCAACAACAACAACAACAACCCCAUCCUGAGCCUGUUACCGCCAUUAACACCGUCAGCCAGCCUGCCCCUCACCCGCCUGCUGCCCAGAGAAGCGUCAUUCUGUAUGGCUCCAGCAGCGCCUCCUAUCCUGUGGACGCCCUGACGAGGCACCAUGAAAUCGAUGUACCGACAACCCAGAAGCAGAGCGGCGGCAGCAGCCAGACCUGUGCCAGCCAGCUGCCCCGGUCUAUUCCAGAGAGCUCCACAGAGACACUGGCUGAGGUGACGAAGCAGCUGGAGAGGAAGACAUUGGACUCCCCUCCAUAUGAGCUCUCAGACAGCCGUAACGAAGCUGGAGAGAGACAGGCGUACAGAGUUUGCCAACCUCCCCAGCAGCAUGAGCAGCACCAGCAGGAGAGAGAUUCGUCUGCAGAGCUCCUCCAAGAACAAGUGGAGGGGGUCAACCAAGCCCACCUGUACCACCAUCAUCAGCAGCCCCAUCAUUCAUACCUCAGUGCCCAAGACGAGGAUCCACCUGUGCUUACCUACGAGGGUGGGGAUGGAAGCGAGGCUUACUACCAAGGCCAAUCAAUCUCCUCUGGCAAAGACACGUCAUCCAUCGAUGGAGAUCCCCGCAGCUCCGAUAAAGAAGCGUCCACGGACGAUGACGAAUCCCCCUCCUCGUCUUGCUCAGAUAUGGGCAGCUACCACAGCCAACAUGUUACCAGCCUCCACCAUCCUGCCUCGCCUCCGCCCUCCUCCCAGGGCUGCUCUCAGGCCCAGGGCCGGGAUCCCCAGGGGGAGGUGAAGGGCACGGCGUUGCCCCACAAACUCAGACUCAAAUAUCGGGCCAUGAGCACCGGGAGCAGUGGGGCUAACUGUUCGGGCCAGGAAUCCCCAACGACCCCUCCGUCUGCCACGCCGCCUCCCCUGCCCCAGCACCCCUACUUGUCCCUAAUGCCGCAGCAGAACGUUAUGCGAGAGAGCCCGGACGGAGGCUUCAAACAGGCGGCCUCAGGGCAGGGGGGCAGGACGGAGAGCGGGAAAAAGGAGAGACGAAACAAGAGGCCAGAGUAGGUGACAUUCGCUUUGAGAACUUGUCACAACAAAAGACAAUCUGUCCUCUAAGAACUACCCUGCCAUCAUGCCUUUGCCCUUUAAUCAAAUCCCCCUCCUCACGCCCUUGGGACCUCUCUUCUCCCUUAUCCCCAACAUCACCAAAAAGGCUGGACAUCUUGUUGGGCUGUAUCAUAUUUGUAUAUAUUGUACAGAUUUGUCAUUUCUUACAUCCUCUCCAUACUUACAGAAGCACUUUUGUUUAUGUGAUGAGAGGAGGAAUGGAACUACCUGCUUUUUCUACUUUUGUCAUCCAACAAAAUACAGCAGAGCACAUUGACAUUUAGAUCACCUGCAGGACAAGGAAAAGUUUUGAGCUUUAUCAGUACUAUAAAUUUGGUACAUAUCUGACUGUAGACAAACAUACACAUGUAUGGCUAUCUGCCUUAAUCUAAUGCAAACGUACACUGGGGACAUUCCCUCGACCAAAGAAGCACCAACACUACAAAACAUCGAGUUCCAUACCUCUUCCCAGACCCUACCUCUACCAACCCAUGCUCUCCCCAACCAUCUCCAUUAUUUUACAAAAGAUAGCAGUCACCUUUAUUUUUUAAGCACUUGGUUUGUAUAUUACUGUGAUAUAUGAAUAUAUGUAUCUAUUAUAAAUAUAUAUUUUACAAAGAAAUUUGAAUACAAAUUCAACGAAAAUGCGACACACCUGCAAUGGUAAAAGAGGGUUUUGAAAGUGACCAUCCUAUUAUGAAAUCACAAUUACUGUACAGCCACGUUGUCCAAUGUUGCUACAGGACCCAUUCAAAUUAAAAAACGCCUCUCUCUUGAUUGUUAAGCUUUAGCAUUAAUCAUUUUGUUAAUGCCCUGUUUACACAGAAAUGGCCGUCCGGUUUGGAGCGCCAACAGCACUGAAUGGAGAACACGUUGUUUCCUGAGGCGAGGGCCUCGUUAAAAUGUUUUGGAUUACUUAACCUUUAACCAGCCUUUAAAUAUUCGGUGGAAUUCACCAGCUGCAGGCUGCAAGCCUUUACUUUAUUUGAGCUUUAUCAACCAUAUCUUGUUAUCGUUACCAUUCACUGGCCCAAUGUAUUUAUUUCCCGUUCUCCACACUGUAGAAAAGCCCACAGGAACAUAGACGGAGAAUGUGUACAGACCUUUUUAAGAUACAUCCUGCAGCCGUGAGCUUGAACUGUAAUGGAG